UGAUCAGAAUGAUGAAAUAUUUUCUGGAAAAACAACAGUGUCAUUGACUUUAGUUCUUGUGUCUUGGUUUCUUCAUAUAAUUUUCUGGCUUGUCAUAUCAAUCUAUUUAGAUAAUGUUACUCCAGGGAAAUUUGGACGUAAAAAAUCUUUCUUCUAUCUUUGUCAAAAAAAAGUACGAAAAGUUGAAGUUAAUCAUUUUAGUUAUAAAGGAAGUACCAAUUGGAGUGCUGUUGAAUCUGUGGCUACAUUUUUGAAGCCAGUAAUUAGAGUGAGGAGUAUUACGAAAAAAUUCAAUUCCUUUGGAACUCGAAUCACAGGAGUGAAUAAUAUGACAAUUAAUUUUUAUAAAAAUGAAUUUAACGUAAUUUUAGGUCACAAUGGAGCGGGAAAAAGUACCCUCUUGAAACUUUUAGUCGGAUUAUAUAAACCAUCCGAAGGAUAUGUUUUAAUAGAGAAAGAAGAUUCUAAAAAAAAUUUUUACAGUCAAAUUGGAUUUUGUGGACAGGAAAAUAUUUUAGUUGAUUCUUUAACUGUUCUACAACACAUCUACUUAUUUGGAAUGGUGAAAGGUUUAUCUUACAAAAAUUCGUUAAAAGAAUCACGUAAACUUUUAAAAAAACUUAAUAUUGAGAAAGAAAGAAAUUGUCAAGUGAGAAAUUUGAAUUUUAAUGUUCAAAGACGAGUCUGCAUUGCUAUGGCAUUAAUUGGUGAUAUUAAGAUUCUAAUUUUGGAUGAACCAACUAAUGGAUUUGAUCCUGUAAAUGAGAAAAUGAUUUUUAAUUUAUUAGCGGAAUUAAAGGGAAAAAUUACAGUGAUAAUGUCAACAAAUAAAAUGGAAGCUGCUGAUAAUAUUGCCGAUAGAAUAGCAAUUUUUGUACAUGGAAAAGUCGAAUGUUAUGGAUCAAAAAUGUUUUUAAAUCGAUAUUAUGGAAUUGGUUAUGUUUUGAGUAUGGUUUAUCAAGAAGAAUGUGAUUUAAAUCUUCUUCGUGACGAAUUGCAAGAAUUCUCAUCAGAACAAGUUACUCAAAAAGACAUAAUGGGUAGAGUUGUUAAAUAUAAUAUUCCCAGAAGAUCAAAAGUCACGAGAUUGCUUGAUUAUUUAGAACUUCAUAAAGCAAGAUUAAAUAUUAAUUCAGUUUCCAUGAAAGCAGCUGGCAUCGAGGGACAAUUUCUAAAAAUAGGAUUAAUUAGUCAAUUUAAAGAUCGAGGAGCAUUUUUUAUUGACAAUAAUUAUGAGCUUAUGGUUCAACGAAGAAGACGAGAUUUAUUAAAUUCUAGUGAAUCUUGGAAAAGACUCGAAGGACGAGAACUCACAAAACAUCAAAUUAUUGCUAUUUUAUAUAAAAAAUUAUUGCAUAUUGCUUGGUCCUGGAAAUUGUACCUCUUUUGCAUUAUUCUAACGACAAUUACUUUUACAAUAACUAUGACAAUAUCGAAUCUGGGAAAAGAAAAUUUUGAAAAUAGGAAAAUUUAUAUGAAUAUUUCACAAUAUACAGAAUCAAAUUUCUUUUUACUUUUUCAUGCCGCAAGAGGCAAUAUUUCUAAAAAAUUUCUCAUCUCAAUGACAAAAGUUGCUCGGUCUUAUGGUAAAAUGAAAAAUUAUCACAUUUCAAGAAAUAUUUCAACAACGAGAGUAAUGUCCAAUUUUAAAUUGCACUCAAUUCAGUUUCAAGAUCGCUACUUUUUGGCAGUUGAAAUUUUAAAAUCUGGAAAUGUUAAAUUAUUUUAUUCCUCUUAUACAAUUCAUAGCAGUCCAAUUGCCUUAAAUCUUUUCUAUAAUUCACUUUUACAAGAAUAUGGUUGUAAUAAUUGUAAAAUAAUUCUAAAAAGUCAUGCCCUAGUUAAUCCAAAACAAUGGCAGUAUCAUGUGACACAUUCUCAAAUUAUCAAAAAUUGGAUAAAUGCAGCAAUUAUAAUCAAUCUAUUAUUAAUUCUACCCAGUAUUGAUUUAGGAAUGAGAGAAAAAAUUUCAAUCUCAAAACAAUUACAAUUAAAUACAUCUGGAAUGAAUACAUUUAUUUAUUGGAUUCCAAAUUAUAUUUUUGAUUUAAUAUUAUUUAUGUUGUCAUUAAUUAUUGUAUCAUUUGUCUGCUAUUUUUUUUAUUAUAGAAAAAUUAGAUUCUCAUCAGUGGCUUUUGGCACUGACCGAUAA